AUGGCGGAAUUUGUGAGAGAGGUGCUGGUUGAUGUUUUGCGGAAGAGAGCGGAGGAUGAUAGUGACCCUGACGGAAUGGUGGUUGGCUUGAUCAUUCGAUUAACCCCGGGAACCAUAAUACAAUCUUCAGUUUCAUUCAAUUAUCAAUUUUUCUUCAAUCUUCUUCUUCCUCCAAUUAUUUUGGCAUCUGGUUAUGAGUUACAUCAGGCAAAUUUCUUCCGAAAUAUCGGAACGAUCCUCACAUUUGCUUUUGUGGGCACAUUUAUUUCCGCGCUGGUCUUGGGUCUCAUUUUAUACUUGUGGUCCGUGAUUCCCCUGGACGGAUUAUCGAUAUCGUUUGUCGAAGCGUUUUCAGUCGGAGCUACGCUCUCGGCAACGGACCCCGUCACUAUUCUCGCUAUCUUCAAUGUAUACAAGGUCGAACCUAAGCUUUAUACUGUGAUCUUCGGGGAGUCGAUUUUGAACGAUGCGAUUGCUAUCGUGCUUUUUGAAACGGCGCAGAGAUAUAAGCCCGGCAAUGCUGCGGGAUCGCUGACGCUGCUUAGUUUAUUUGAGGCAGUUGGUGUAUUCUUGCUCGUGUUUUUUGGAAGCUUGGUGAUCGGGGUGGCUGUUGGUAUAUUGACCGCCUUGGGUUUGAAAUACACCCAUGUGCGGAGAGAACCUAAGAUCGAGAGCUGUCUCAUCGUCUUAAUUGCUUAUGCCAGUUACUUCUUCUCGACGGGAGUUCAUUUGUCCGGGAUCGUGUCGUUGCUAUUCUGUGGCAUCACAUUGAAGCAUUACGCGUACUAUAACAUGUCGCGUAGGACGCAACUCACAACGAAAUAUCUUUUUCAAGUGCUGGCACAAUUAUCGGAGAAUUUCAUUUUUAUCUACCUCGGUCUGGACUUGUUCACGGAACCUAAUUUAGAGUUCAAACCGCUUUUCAUCAUGAUAGCAGUGGUUGGGAUUUGUGUUGCUAGAUACAUGUCCGUCUUCCCCCUUUCAAAGGCAAUCAACUGGUUCAUUAGAUAUAGAGCUAGGCGUCGUGGAAGGGAGGUUGCCGACGAACUUCCUUUUGCCUACCAAGGCAUGCUUUUCUGGGCUGGUCUUCGUGGUGCAGUCGGUGUGGCUCUCGCAGCCGGCCUUGAGGGACCUAAUGCCCCAGCGCUGCGAGCAACAAUUCUCGUUGUCGUCGUCCUGACAGUUAUAAUAUUUGGCGGGACAACAGCACGAAUGCUUGAGAUUCUCGAAAUCCGCACCGGCGUCGUCGAGGAAAUUGACUCCGAUGAUGAAUUUGAUAUUGAGAUCACUGCUGGAGGAACGUACUACAAACACGAUGGAACUGGCGUUGGCCACAUCCCAAGGCGCAACGGACACACCGUGCCCCUGGACACUAUGAACCUAGACCGUGAAGAUGUCGCAGAAGGCUACUCGAGCGGCAACAACGGCCGCAUUGCACCACAGCGGACCCAAGGAUCCAUCGCUGCCAGGAAAAACGCAGUGUACGGCCCUAGCCGUCACGAGCGGUCGCGUGACCAUGCAUCUACACAGAAUCUACUUGCAAGUCACGCCGGGAGUAAAGACGGGAGUCCCAGCAGCAGCAGUGCUGAUGAUGGAGACGUGGGGGGAUUUUCAUCAUUGAACAGAAACCCUGCCUUCUCAAAGCGUCCCGCGACGCGUACCGUCAGCGGCGGCACGCAGGAGAACGACGCGGAUAUCGAUGACUUCGAGUUAGACCUUGACGCGUUCUCGGAUGAUGAUCUUCCUCCCGCUGCCCCAGGCAGCGGCAGCAGGGUACAGGCAUCAGGGGAGCCGGUAUCUUCAGUGAAUACGCAAACUGCGACAUCCGCCCAGCAACGUGUCUCCCCUUCACGUGCCACUACUCUUGGUGUCGCUGGAGGUGAUGGGAUGGGUUCGGGUGCUCUGGCAGAGGCAUCGCAAGGAGCUGCAGGAUCUUCUUCCUCGUCGAAGCCGGGCGCUUCGGCCGUGAUCCGGGAAUUGUUCUCCAGUGGUGCUGAUGUUGAUCAUGCGGCUUGGUUUCGGCAGCUUGAUGAGGAUUAUAUUAAGCCGAAGCUACUGCUAGACCAGGGGUCUGGGCAUCGCCAUCAUAAGGGCCCGGGAGCUGUAUAA